AUGUCUCGUCGAGGAACUUCUGAUAGCGACGACGAGAUUCAUCCGCUACCACGUCAUCAAGACAUUCCUCAAUAUGAUAUGGUUGAUGAUAUCGAAGAUCUAGAGAACAUCACAGAAGUGGAAGUCAAGUCGAAUCGAGGAUCUACAGUACAAUCCGCUCGUCCACAUGUAACUAUCAAACAGGAUGAGGUAGACGACAUAGGAGAGAGGCAGGUUACUGUAAUUGAAAUCGCAUCCCAGCGAGGAUCCUCGAGGAGAGUGGUUCCAAAGAAAGAAAUUGCUCCAUCCAUACCACUGCCAGAGCAUCCAGCUCAACAGUCUUCUCCUCCUCCACCGCAACCACAGAAAAAUAGAUCCCAGAAACCCGACAACCCGGAAAUGGCAUUCGACAUUGGAGCACACAACAUUGCUCCAGUUCUAGUUCAUAAAAUGAAUAUGGAUGAUCGAGAUCCAACCGAUGCUGUACAGUAUUUGAAUACCACAUUCUUUGAAGUUUUCGCAGAACCCAGUGAACAAUACCACAGUAUUGCAUGUGUUUGGACAUUGUCUUUCAAGAUUCUCACAUUGAUCUUUGGAUUGCUGAUCGCUCUACUCGGUGGAUUCUUCUUUGCUCUUUUUGCAUUCCUAAAUAUUUGGAUCGUCAGACCACUCCUGAUUCUUUCUCGAAUGGCAUUGUCUCAAAUUGUUUUGGUUUGGCCAAUGUUCCUGAUUUACAUUGUCCGUCCAUUCUUCUACUCCGUGGGUGCCGUAUUCUCCACGGCACGUCUUCAUACAUCUCGAGGAGAACAAGUGACAGAAGUAUGGGAGAAGCAUAUACACCAUGUGUGA